AUGUGUUCAAAAGCGUCACUAUUCAAACUUUUGAUACUGACGAUAUGCCCGCUAACGUUACUAAUAGGGUAUAUAAUCUCUCAAUACUUGACUCGAUCAGGUAUAAUAAUGGUCAACACAGUUGAUAAAGAUGGAUUAAUCAACACAUUAUUUGUCAAGAAGGGAUGGUUUUGGACUACGUUGGUUGGUUGGUUUUGCAUAUAUCGAUACAAUAAUAGACGUCCAGAUUUUCAGAAAAUUUUAUGGAAGGCUUUUAAACAUUAUUGUGUUUUGACUUGUUGGUGGUAUGCUUUUACUCAAAGUAUAUUUAUAUAUCCACCAUUAAUGGAUUUGAUAUUUUUAAUGACUGGCGGACUUUGUAAUUUUGAUGUUUUCAAUAUUGCUUCUGACGGUAAGAUUGAAUUGAAUUUAGAAUUUCAAGAUAAUUCAACAAGGAGAAUGAAAUCGUUGAACAAAAUUUAUAAAAUAUUGAAACGAACUCAACGUGAUGCGACAGGUGAUGAUGAGAAGGAGUUAUUGUUACAUUCACUAAAUUCCAUCGGAUGCGCUUUGGAGAAAAGUUGUGACAAAAUAAAUAGUACUAUAAGCUCAAUAAGCUCAAAUAGGAAAUUGAAUGAAUUUAUUAACACCCAGAUGAACUCGAUAAGAAGAAUAAACACAUCAGCUCAAUGUAGGAUGCAUGGUGGCUAUUGGACAAAGGGCCAUGAUCCAUCUGGUCACAUUUUUCUGUUGACUUUGAUGGUAAUGUUUUUGUCUGGUGAAUUAUCUACUUUUGCUCCAAGAGCAUUCAAGGUAUUGUUUCAAAGAAAGAAAAUAUUUCAUUUAGUUGAAUAUGUUACUAAAUUGUUUGAUAAUGGGUUGCUUUGGGAUGUGGCAAAAAUGAGAGAUGAGGAAAGAAAAAAUUGGAAAGUAAUACUCCAUAGGGCCGUUGUAUUACAACCAAUUAUCUGUCUAAGAGAUCUGAGCAGAUUGCUAUUUGCCACAGUAAAAUUCAUUAUAUGGGAUAAUCCAGUGAUCGUAUUAAUUGCGUUAAUUAUGACAUGGUUAUGGAGCUUUGUAAUAACCAUAUUGGCAUUCCAUACAGUAUGGGAGCAAUUAUCGGGGUUCCUUUUUGCAUAUCUGGUUGCUUUAGCAGUAUAUUUAUAG